AUGCAAGCUCAUUCAAUCCACCGCUUGCAGAAAUUGCCUGAGGAAGAAAGCUGGAGCUUCUUCGUGAAGCAUGCGUAUGAUGCAUGCAACUCUGAGAAAUGGCCAAGACUUGAGCCAAUUGGUCGAAAAAUUGUGAACAAAUGCGAUAGAUUGCCACUUGCUUUGAAAACUAUAGGCUGCCUUCUGCGCAGUGAGCAUGACCUUAGGAAAUGGGAACUAAUAUCAAAGGACGGUAUAUGGAGCUUGUUGCACAGCAAGCUUGAAGUUUUGCCUGCGUUGUUCUUAAGUUACCAUUACCUAUCUUCGCACUUAAAACGAUGCUUCGCUUACUGUUCGAUAUUUCCGAAGAACAUAGAAUAUGAGAAGGAGCAGCUUAUUCUGCUGUGGAUUGCUGAAGGAUUAAUAUUAGAACAACCUAAGAAUGGCAUGAGGGAGAGUCCUUUUUUCAGCUUGGAUGGUGGCAACUCACUUGAUGCUUCUUGCAGAACUCGUCAUGUAUCCUAUAUCAAAACAGAUUAUGUUUUCCCCUCCAAACUUAAGAUACUACGUGACACUUUGCAGUUACGGACCCUCCUAGCGGUAGAUUCUAAAUCCCCAUUUCAUUACGACCUAUCUGAUGAAGUGUUGGAUCAUUUGGUGCCAUCUCUAAGGUGUUUAAGGGUCCCAUCACUGUCCAAGUACAUCAGUAUUACCAAGUUGCCCAAAGCAGUGGGUGGAUCACAAUUUCUCUGCUAUUUGAAUCUCUCCUUCACUAAUAUCAUGACUUUGCCCGAUUCUCUGACCAGUCUAUGCGACCUGCAGUUGUUGCUUCUUGUAAUGUGUAAGUAUCUCAAAGAAUUGACAUGCGACAGGUGGCGACUGAUCAACUUACGACAUCUCGAUACAAGGGGGACUCCUUUGAGGAGUGCUCUGCGAGGAAUCGGUAAGUUGAAGGACCUGCAGACUUUAACAGAUUUCAUCUUGGCUAAAGAGGGUGGAUCACGGAUUAAAGAGUUAGGAGGGCUCUGUGAUCUUAAGGGAUUGCUUUCGUUGGGAGGUCUUGAGAAUGUUCUCAAGGUCGGAGAUGCAAAAGCGUCUAAUUUAGAGUGUAAAAGGUACCUGAGUAAAAUAACAUUGCAGUGGAGCUCUCACACUCGCCCCGUGCAACAUAAUGAGAUAUAUGUCGUAGAGAUGCUUCGCCCUCCUGCAUAUUUGAAAGAGCUGACAUCAGAUCUCCUCAAUAUUGAAGACUGCAAGCACUGCACAUCCUUGCCCACUUUAGGACAGUUGACAUCUCUACAAAAGCUCUUGAUUAAAGGCCUUGAUGUAGUAGUAAUUGUGGGACCCAAGCUGAACGGCAAGCAUUCUGAGGUUUUUCAAUCACUAGAGUACUUGGAGUUUGAUGACAUGAAGAGGUUGCAGAAAUGGGUUUCUUUUGAAGGUCUAAGGGAAGGUGAGGCCUUCCCUCGUCUUCAGAAGCUCAUUACAAAGUGUCCAGUGCUGCGCAGAGGCUUGCCCGGCAGCCUCCCUUUGCUAACGGAACUAGCCAUUGAAGGAUGCCCUUUGUUGGAGGCUGCACUACCGCGGCUUCCACUUCUUUGCGAGCUUCAUCUGAAGUGCAGUGAUAGGGUCUCAGAACCUGUUGCUGGUUUUUUAAGCAUGAACAGCAUCCAGCUUCAAUUAGUAAGUAUCUCUGAGAACUCAUCCCUUCCCGUGAGGUGCUUUCCUCCUUCAAUGACAACGCUCAUAGUUAAAAAUGUUCGCCAGUUAGAUCUCCGAUGGACGUGUGCCACAAAUACCUUCAAGUAUGUUCCGUAG